AAAGACGGUUUUACGACGGUUGAGCACUGUUCCGCUUCCUCUCGCGUAAGCGGGCGCUUGCACCUUUGAUCGCGGGCGCCUGAGCAAGCAUGGCGGCGGGGGAAGUCAAGUCCGUCCUGUUCGUGUGCCUGGGGAAUAUUUGCCGAUCUCCCAUAGCCGAAGCUGUUUUUAGAAAACUUGUAACUGAGGAAAACAUUGAAAACAAGUGGAUGAUAGACAGCGCAGCUGUUUCUGACUGGAAUGUGGGACGCUCCCCAGAUGCAAGGGCUUUAAGCUGCUUAAGAAAUCAUGACAUUCAGACGGCCCACAAAGCACGGCAGGUCACAAAGGAUGAUUUCCUGACAUUUGAUUAUAUGCUUUGUAUGGAUGAAAGCAACCUACGAGAUUUGAAACGAAAAGGCAAUCAAAUUAAAAACUGCAAAGCUCAGAUUGAGCUGCUUGGGACAUAUGAUCCACAGAAACAGCUCAUUAUUGAAGAUCCAUACUACGGUAGUGAUGAAGAUUUUGAAACUGUUUAUCAGCAGUGCCUUAGAUGCUGUAAAGAGUUCUUGGAGAAAACAAGUAAUAUUUAGCCAUCCUGUAAAAUUAUUAAUCGAGUAUGUUAAUUGACAUUAAAUUGUGAUACUUCUUACCUAAAAUAGAUCUCAUUUGAACAUUAUUAAUUUUAAUUGUGUAUUGCAGCUAUUGUAUAUAUCCUACUUGAGAUGCAUCAGGUCUUCAGAAGGUGUAUUCACCUUGAUCAGAUGUCCAUGUAAGGGGAAAAUUGUCCAAUGCUAACAGAAUAAAUGUGUGUGAUUUGUAGCAUACAUAUUUUACAUAAUAUGUAUACGGAAUCUUGUGUACAUGCACUAAAUAUACACUCAUCCAUUUUCUGAUGCUAUUGUUAAAUAUGGAACCUUUAACCCUAAACAUCUUGCUUAAAAUUACAUUUACUUCUUGAAAUAGCAUAAAUACACAGGUUGUUAUGUUAUGUUUUCACAGACAAUUAAGUGCAGUAAGCUGAUGAACUAGUAGAUUUUACUUCCCUUUAGUACUUCUAAAUAAACAAAAAUUAAACAGGGAGGUAAACUAGCAGAAAAAAUAGCCAUUUGUAAUGUAAUGAUUUUCAGCCCUAACGAGUAGAUGUGAUAUGUGGACUUUGUAAUUCUGUAGAAACUCAGGAAGUCCUGAGUAUUUGUUGCAUAGUUAGCUUUUAGCCCUAGUGAUUGCUAAGAUGAUGCUUGAAGACAGUAAUUGCCCUGUGAAGCAUCAGAUACAUGAAUCAGCUGCAUAGGUUGAGUGCUCUGGUCACUUCCUGCUCAUACCCAGUGCUAACAGAAACAAAAUAAGUAACAUAAAUGUGUCUAUCUUUUAUAGCAUAUACACGCUGCAAAAUUUUAGUUACUGUGGCACAGAAUGUAGACCUUGAAUUUAGUAUGACGUUUUUAAAGACAAAUAUCUAAUGGUGCUGAAAGAAGGAGUAGAAGGCCAGUCAGCUGUGAUCUCCCUCUUGCUUUUCAUGAGCAUGUUCGCAUCCCUACUUUGUAAAAGGACUUGAGGCUGGAUUUUCAUAUUAGAUGUUUUCCUUAGCAUUUUCAGGGUCAACUUUCCAUGGCUAACACCCAUGUUGACCCCUCCUUCUUUAUAUGUGUUUGCAGUCUCCUGUUUCUUAUUGCUAAGAUGCAUUUCUCAACCAUCAUGCAGAAACUAUUAUGUUUCCACUAUGCUUUUCUUCCCCACUCUGCCAAAUACUUCUUGAUCACGUGUUUUUAAAUAAAUGAUAAACAGGUAUGCCAGUUACUGCUAAUCUUCCAAACUUCUUAUUGAAUUACCUGUAGGGAACUUCAAAUGUUCUCUAGUCUUUUUCCUUUAAAAUAGAUCUAUCAGGGCUGUUUCUUUUUUAUCUGCUCUUUUGAGCUCAAUCCUUAAUGCUGUAUAAAGGUCCAGGGAACAUAUUGCUGGAAUCUUGCCAUUCCAUGCCACAGCAUAGGCUGCACUGAGGCAGGCUGUCUUUGAAGAACUAGCUAAUACAAGCUUUUGAUAAGAUUAAGGUGCAAUCCUGUGGCCUCCCAGUGUCACAGGGUAUAGGAUUACUUGGAACCCCAACUAUGAGGACCUGUAACCUCAGAGUUAGCAUUUCGAAGGCCAAACCCCAACCCUGCCUCCCUUUUACUGGCACAGAAAGAGCCAUGCCAGCUGCCUUCUAAAUAUGUACCUGGGCCUAGGAGAGGGAGCCAAGGGGGGAACUGGGGAUAAUAGCUGACUGCAUUUCCCAUUUACAGCCCGGCUUCCUUCCAUGCAUAAUCUAGAUAGCAAAAAAUGGCUAUGUGGACGAGAUGCAUGGCACAACUCAUUGCAGUGGUGGAGACUGCCACUGUGCCUCUCUCUCUCUCCAUUGGAUAUAUAUAAGUCUUACCUGCAUCAGUAGCAGAGGGCAUUGGAUUGCAUCCUGAGUUCUUGAAUGCAACCUGAUGCUUAAGCUGUCGGGGCACAAUGAUACAUCAUGGGUUAUCAUCACUUCUCCCUUUCCAGAGAAUGCCUGUCCAUCCUUGGAUUGCUUCUUCAAAAGUGAGCCAAGAAAAACCUUCUGUUACACAGAAGCAGGCAACAAAAGGCAUAAUGUGCUGAGAUCUUAUGAUUGUACAUAAAAGCAAUAAAGGACAUAAGAUGUAUGUACAAAAGCAUAUUCUUGAACUCUAAUGUGUCCUCAAAUAAUAAAUAGCCAGACAUAAAAUAACACAUAGCAAAUACUGAAGGAUGCUCAUAUGAAUGACAGUUACUGCACAUGCACAAAUUUCCCUUCCCUUUACUUCUAGACCUCCAAUUUGCAUCUUUUUUCCUUGCUUGUUUUGUUUUAAGAACGGUCAGGGAAUGAAGAUGCCAAAAGUGUGUGGUGGUGGAGUGAGGAGUAACUCCCUCUCUUUUCCAGAGUAGUUCAAGACUCGGGAAUGGUGAAAAAGUAGAGGGCACUAAUUAUCCCCAGAACCACCCUCUGGUGCAUCUUUUGUUGCUUCCCCCAGUUUAGUGGUGCUUUUCCACUGGCAACUUGGCUACUUGACCUUGAUAACUGUGCACAAAUUAGCUUAUAUGCAGUCUUGUUCUUUCCUUACUGUUGCCUACUCCACUUCCCUUUGACAGCUGAAACAAACAAGGAAACAGACCAGACAAGGUUACACAUACCAGACAGCUCUAAGAGUACGCUUGAAAGACCAGUAAAAAUAAUUUUAAAAAAUUAUGAACACUGUUACAUAAUUUUCAGAACUGAGAUUUUUUUUAAGUGUGAUUUUUUUUUGAGGCUGUGAAAAAGAAACAGCAGAAAAUGAAAAGGGCAAAAGGCAAGGAGCGGCAAAAUGUUCCUGCGGUGAAGGUAGCAAGAAUACUGCUGAAGCUGGCUGAUUUGUGGGGAGAACAAGCCAUAGUAAACCCAGUUAUCUGGCAGGAGUACUGUGGGUUGUUCAGUGAAUGACCAACCCACCGUGGCUUAUUCACAAGGUGGUUUAGCAUGAUGUGCAAACCUACCCUAUUGUUUUUUCCACCUAUUUUAAUAGCCGUGAUUUCUCUUAAUAGGAUGUUAUGCUCAAGAGCUGCUAAAGCACAGCUUUAUUUUAAAUGUUCACUAUUUCCAAAAAAUUACAGCUAUAAUUGUCAGGCCUGUGAAUUGAACUUUCCAGACCAAAUAAAAUAAUUCAACUUAA